GGUAAUCACCGAAGAUUGCGCACUAACAAGCAGACGACGCGAAGUGGCACUGCUGUCGUUACUUCUCAUUCGACACACCGCCACCAUGGCGGGAACACAUCUCGAUGCCUUGCUUCUAUGGUGUUUGGCGUGCACCGCUUGGGCAGGAGAAUUCUACACCAUAUGCGAUCAGACAAACAGCAAGAACAUCUACAACUUCAGAAUCCCUCGCCUAGUAGAUGACGAUGAAAAACUAUCGAAGCCGCGGGAUUCGCUGGGUUCAUACAUUUCCUCAAAAGUUGCUCUUAUUGUGAACGUGGCCACUUUCUGAGGGUUCACGCACCAGUACUUGCAGCUGAAUGCACUCACAAGCAAAUUUUCCCGAGACGAGUUCCGAGUGUUGGCCGUUCCGUGUAAUCAGUUCGGCCACCAGGAACCCGCCGCCAAUAAAACGGAGCUGCUCAACGGCCUCAAGCACGUGCGCCCUGGCUCCGGCUUCAUUCCACACUUUGACAUCACCAUGCGCUCUGACGUCAAUGGCGAAGAGGAGCUCGAAAUGUACACCUACUUCAAGGAAAGAUGCCCCGCUCCGACACACACAAUCUACUCUCGCACGGAGACGUUCUGGGAGCCGCUUACGCCCACAGACAUUUCCUGGAACUUCGAGAAAAUUUUGGUGAGCUCGCAUGGUGUGCCUCUCCUCCGAUUCAUGCCUGACGUAGAGCCCAACGACCUGGUCGAGCUCAUCGCUGACGUUAUCGGCAGUACAAGCGCUAACGUGGCCCAUCUGUUGACUGAGCUGGAGGAAAAGGUGGCCACUCGGACCAACAAGAGAGAGGCUGGGAAGAAACGUAGACAUUGAAAGAACAUGUAUUUUCUUUUAAAAUUGUCAUUUCCAUGUAAAUCCGAAACGCAGAAUUAUUAAGGCAGUAAUGAUGGUGACAAUACAUCUGUAACCUGGGAUCUUGUAAGCUUUUUUUCCGGCGUGAGAAAGGUUGCUUCCACCUUCUAUUCACCACUCCUGUCAUUAAUGAUGUAACUUCCGGAAACUGUUAUCAGGCUGUCGUUACUGAUGUGACGUGCGUCCUAAGGGUCUUUGUGCAUUCAGACCGUUAGGACGUCUGUCGCAGACUGCAAGUGGUGGACCGAAGAUGCACAGAAACCUCCUCGAAUUUUCCGAUUUUAUUAAGUUCAUGUGUAUGUUGUUCAAUAAAAAUGGCACUGCUGGAAAUA